AUGACAAUGUUGAAUAUGGUUCCCUUUGACCGCAGUACCCCUGUGUGGCCUACACAGCUAGGACGGUAUGCCCAAAAGGCAAGACGAGCGCCACCGCUAGUUCCCGACUUCCUGGUGCAGGAAAUGCAAUUUGACGACUUUCGGCACAAUGUAUAUGAUAAAUGGGAGGAGCAUAUCCAUCCAUCUGGAGCCACUUAUUAUUACAGUAAGACAUGGAAAACAUACACUGGAUUGAAUGUAAGAGAUUGUCCAAAAGUUCAGUUGCAGAACUUUGAGGUGUGGGUGGCAUCAAUGAGAGGUAGGGUAAAAGGCGACCCCACCAUAGUCGCUGAGCCGGCCAGGACACAGCAUGUAGAUGGUGAUGUCUAUCUGUACUACCUUGUAGCGCCAGAUGUGCACGUCAUUGGCUGGCUAGAGCCUUUGGAUGGCACUCAUCUUUUUAGAGAAUGUGAUUCUGCUAGGGAAUGGAACCAUAAAAGACUUGAGCUUGAGGCCCAGUUUUGGAAGCAUGUAGAAUUCUUUCCCCACAACUUCAAGCUCGAUCACUUGCUUCAAAGUGCAGAUGCAUUGAUUUUAGACAACUCCACUUCGGCUACCAUAUUCUCUAACAAGGAAGCAACAGAGAAAAUUAUCACCAGACUGGCCAGUCUAGGUUCUGAUGGAAAUAUAACAGAGCCAGGCGUCGCAUUGUUCGGUCACCACCAAUACCUUAACUAUUAUGGACAACCUGAAGCAUGUCUUUUACGGUCCCAUUCAAUGGGCCACAGGCAUAGAAAGAGGGAGCCCUUUCCCUUCAUAGCUACACUAGCUAUGUUUUGCCUUCCCAUGUUGGUUCGAGAACGCCUCAACCAAAUCUACGUUGACGGCCUUAUCAAUUCCCUCGACAUAAAGAACUUUGUUGACGACUUCAGCUCCCAGAAUACAGCACAAAUAACUCUGGCAGGAGUCAUCAUGGCGGUUGACGCUGGUUUCCUUGCUGUCCAAGGUGUAGGGGAUGGCAGUUGUCAUUGGGGUGUUCAGCACACCUAG